AAAAAUUAGGUGGCCUGUCGAUGAAUCAUUUCUGCCAACCUCCCCACCCCCCCCCCGGACGCUUGACCUAGGCUUACUUCCAGCCUCUGACCAUCGCGCGGGCUCGGCAACAUGGCGAAGGGAACUACAGAGGCCGGCAUCUACAGUGCCACAUAUAGUGGUAUCCCUGUGUGGGAGUUCCAGUUCGGGCCCGACUUGAAAGAACAUGUUAUGCGCCGUCGCCAGGACGACUGGAUCAAUGCGACACAUAUUUUGAAGGCCGCCGGCUUCGACAAGCCCGCCCGUACUCGCAUCCUUGAGCGGGAGGUUCAGAAGGAGGUACACGAGAAAAUACAGGGCGGAUAUGGAAAGUAUCAAGGCACGUGGAUUCCUCUUGAACAGGGCGAGUCCCUUGCUCUCCGAAAUAACAUCUACGACCGGCUACGGCCCAUCUUCGAGUUCCAGCCAGGCACCGAAACCCCCCCGCCUGCGCCGAGACAUACCAGCAAGCCCAAGGCCCCAAAGGCCAGGCCUGCUGUUCCUAAAUGGGGCAGUAAGUCGCACAAGAAAACCCCAUCGCAAGCCAGCAACGUCUCACAUGGUCCCAAAGGUGCCCCUGUACAAGAGGAGUUCGAGCAGGCAGAUUCCCAGCUGCCGGAAGAUGACACCCCGGACAACUUGACAGUAGCCUCGGCCUCGUACAUGGGAGAAGACGACCGCUACGACACGGCACAAUUCUCAACAGGCCACAGGAAACGAAAGCGCGAGGAGAUGAUACAAGACCUCACACAGCAGCAGCACGCCAUGUAUGGGGACGAGCUGCUCGACUACUUCUUACUCUCUAGGAACAAACAACCCACCAUCCGCCCAGACCCCCCAACCAACUUCCAGCCCGACUUCGAAAUCGACACAGAGCGUCAUACCGCUCUACACUGGGCAUCCGCCAUGGGCGACGUCGAUGUCAUCAAGCAACUGAAGCGCUUUGGUGCAAAUUUAAGAGCGCAGAACGUGCGCGGCGAGACGCCCCUCAUGCGAGCCGUCAACUUCACCAAUUGCUACGAGAAACAGACAUUCCCACUUAUCAUGAAGGAGCUAUUUGGUACCGUCGAAGCCCGGGAUGCAUCGGGCUGCACCGUCAUACACCACGCGGCAGUUAUGAAGAGUGGGCUCGUCACAAGUCACUCGUGCUCGCGGUACUAUCUAGACAACAUUCUGAACAAGCUGCAGGAAACACACCAUCCCGACUUUGUGCAGCAGCUACUUGACGCCCAGGACCAAGAAGGCAAUACUGCGGUGCAUCUUGCUGCGCAAAGAGACGCCCGUAAAUGCAUACGCGCGCUUCUUGGCCGCGGCGCAUCCACCGAUAUCCCAAACAGCGAAGGCAUUAGGGCUGAGGAUUUGAUCAAGGAGCUCAACGCCUCAAAGUCCAAGACCAUCCGCUCAGGCCCGCAACGCUCGUCCAGUCCAUUCGCGCCAGAAUCGCAACAGCACAAUGCGUUUCGCGACGCGGUCGCCGACUCAGCCAAGCUAGCUGCCAGCUACCAAAGCGAUGCAGCCAACACGGUACAGUCGCGCAUCACGCCUCUGGUGCUCCAGAAGUUCCAGGACCUGGCACGGAGCUUUGACGACGAGUUUAAGGAGAACGACGACGCGGAAAGAGAGGCGCGGCGUAUUCUUCUCAAUACUCAGGCCGAACUAAACAACCUGCGAGCGUCCGUCGCCGAUCUCGAAUCACGCGUCGAGGCUGACGAGGCCGCCGCCAAGACCAAUGAAGACUCCACCAAUGCGCGAAAUAAGGUACUCGCCUUCGUGACCCACCAGAACCGUAUCGCCGUGCAGGAAGCGGUCGAGCAUGAGUUGGGUAUGGUGGUGAACGGGGACGGCGGCGGCGCCAAUGGGCAGGACGUCGACACUUACGAGAACCGUCUCCGCCUGGCCGCGGAGCUGCAGAGGAUCCUCCAGGAGCAGCGCGCCAUCGAGACCGAGUACGUCGAGGCCCGUGGCAUGCUGGGCACGGGCGAGAAAAUCGACAAGUACCGCCAUCUUCUCGAGAGCUGUCUUCCGCCCGAGGACCAGGAGAUGUUGGACGAGAACCUCGAUGGCAUGAUCCGCAUGAUGGAAGACGAAUCCGAGGUCAUGGGAGGCGGCGGUGGCGAGCCAAUGGAGAUAUCCGCGCUGUAAGAGGAUGAAGGGGCUUGCGUUUUUACGUAUUCUCUUUGGAUCCAGGGCCUUUCUUCCAAUUACUGUGUGCACACGCCCUCCUAGAAGAUGUCUUGUCUUCUUGGCACGUGGGUCCUUCUCCAUGCGUAUUCCGUGUUCUUGACGACUGUAAUUGACUUGGAAAUAUUGUCGACGUCUUUUUUUUAAUAGUGGCAAUACUACAUGGUAGGGGGGUUGGUCACCGGGCUGCCCCUUCUCCCUCUUCCUCGCGCACACCCCCUUUUCUCUUAUCGGUCGGACAGAGCUUGUGUUGGUAUCCGGCGUUCAGUGGUUAUCGAUCUUCUCAUCACUUACCAAUCCUAGGUUG